UGUCGUGGCCACACGUGAAAUCAGAGGAUGCUAAGUCGCUACAGGAAUAUGCAAUGUUUAUUAGGAGCUGUUGUAAUGCAAUGGAUGAAAUGUGUUACAUGGAAGAGCUGGACACUGUAUCCACCAUGAAGGGCAUUGUUGGAAAACUUCCAUUCAAGUUGAAGGAGAGAUGGCGCAGCAAGGCCUUUGACCUCCAACAAGAAAGGCAAAGCAGGGUAAGGAUCUUAGACCUUGUCUCAUUCAUGGAAGAUCAGGCUCGCAUAGCAGGGGACCCAAUGUUUGGCGAUCUUCUAGGCCAGCCAACUACAGGUAAAUCUAAAGCCCCUGCUAAGCCCCAGCCAUCUAGUAGUAGCUACUUCACUAGUGUAACUCUUCCUCCUAAAGUGCCAAAGUCCAACACUUCAUGUCACUUCUGUAGCUCAAAGCAUGCACUAGACCAGUGCAAAAGGUUUAAGGAGAAGGCCCAAAGAGACAAGCUCAAUUUUCUUAAAGCCAAGGGCAUAUGCUUUGGAUGUCUCACCCCAGGGCACAUCAGCAAAGACUGCAGUAGGCGUCUGACCUGUAGCAUGUGCAAGCAAAGCCAUCCAAGCAUCCUCCACAUUGAACCCAAGGACAAUGGACAGAACAGGAAAAUGGAGAUCUCAUCUGAUGUAGGUAGUGCAGCAGAAUUAUGUUGUCAUAUGGGGGCCGGAGACAAUGAGUGUACACUUUCCAUCAUCCCAGUUAAUGUCAGGGCAGCAAAGGGCAGCCAAGUCAUUCAGACAUACGCUCUACUGGAUCCCGGGUCUUCUGCCACCUUCUGCUCUGAAGAGCUCAUGACACGCCUCCAUGCAAGAGGAAAGAGGACCAACAUCCGUCUGCGCACAAUGAACCAGGUGACCUCCUUUCCAACCCAUGUCUUAUCAGAACUAGAAGUUUCAGCACUGGACAGCGACAACUUCUUUCACCUUCCUGACACCUUCACACAAAAGGAAAUGCCAGUAACCACCAGCAGCAUCCCCAAGCAGACAGACCUGGCGCAUUGGGCGCAUUUGAGUAAGGUCACCAUUCCCUCUGUUAAUUCUAAAGUAGAGCUGUUGAUUGGCACAAAUGCUCCACACUUGCUAGAACCAUGGGAGGUGGUAAAUAGUCAGAAUGGGGGUCCCUGGGCUUGUAGAACAGUUCUGGGGUGGGUGAUAUUUGGGUCACUAAGACCUGCUGCUGGCGGUGAAGGAACAGUGACGGUUAAUAGGAUUUCUGUCAAACAAUUGGAAAAUCUGGUGGCCUCAGAGGACAAUCCACCGGAGCAAAAGGAAAAACCGUCUAUUGGAGACACAGCUUUCUUGACCAAGGCAAACAAGGCAGCAUUGGAAAAUGGGCUUUGCAGCUCAACACUGCCCCCUAGGAAAAUUAAUGUGCCCACAUCAAGCCAUAGGAAAACUGGAGAUCAUACACACAGUGUUAAAAGGAAAAUGAAGAUUGGACACUUCAAACAGGAACCUGCAAACAUUGCUGAAGGCACCUCACAGGUAAAACCCAUGCAGCCACCUGGAAAGACACACAAUGUCAUGUCACCAAAAACAAAAGAAAGCAAGCCACCACUACAUCCAAGCCAAGCCACUCUGCCUGUUGAAGGAACAUUGGAAUCACAGAGGGGUGAAAACUUUCACUUCAAAUUCCAGGCAAGUCAGAAAUCUCAUAACUGCACAGGCAUACUUUCAGUUGUCAUUUUUGUCUUUGCACUCUGCUUUCUUGGUCUUCUCAUCUCUCCAGCCAAGCAGCUGCUACAGGAGCCCACCACAUCAUCAUCUCCCCAAGCUGAUGCCAGUAACAUUGCAGUGCCAGGAUUGGAGCUGGCAGCCACUGCACUACUGGAGAAGGAGGACCGGAUGCUGAGGAGAGGACUACCCCUGGACAUGGAGUCAUCAGUCUUCUGGAAAAAAGAACAACCCAUCAUCUCAAAGCACCACCCAUGCGAAGUGGAACCUGAAGGCAGAAGAUGGUCAGAACCCGAGUUGGUGGACAGCGCAUCACAGGAAAAGGACAAGGCAGAUGCUGAAUCCCGAUGCUCUACAAUGAUCCAGGCCACCAAGAGGAAAGAUGAAGACCACAUCCGAUGCAAGAAACCUGGUCCAGGCUGAAAAGCUGAAGACCAAGAUGUCAGUCCUUCAGAGGCCCAUGACCUAGCUGUACCGCAUCCUGGAGGCUGACGAUGAAACCCUGGCGAUGAUGCCCAAUGAUGUUCCUGAUCACAUUACACAGGAAAGUAAUGUUAUCAUUCAUCAUUCGUCAUUGAAUUGUACAUACUUUAUUGAUAUUUACAUAAAUCAGUUAUUAAUAUUAAUCAGUUAUAAACUGCCCUAUUGGGCUACUUUUUGUUAUGCAUUCAAGUACUUGAUACUCGGCUCCCUUUUUUUGUAUAUUUUAAGUAAUUGGUUCUUAGAGAACAAUUGGGGGCCGGUGUGUAGGAGCCGCAUUGACAUUUAUUUUUGCUUGAGCUCAUAUUUUGUUGUUUUCUGUAUUUGCGAGACUGCGCCCUCUACAGGUGGUGAAUGGUGCCACCGUGAUCGCAUAAAUGGAUGCCAACCACGCAUGACUGGAGGAGAGCAGGCCGCAGGAUACAGUCAUUUGACCUCGCUCGCUUGUCACUCGUUAACCUGACUGAAAUAUACUCUGCUUACCUGCAUUAAGAUUGGCUUUGCUCUGCAGUUGUGUAAUUUCAAAGACUUUAAUCAUUUUGCAUCCCAUUGCAUCCUUUUGUUUGUAUUUAUUUUAUUUUGUAAUAAAACCCGGCAACAUAAUGGACAAAACCAUCUCCUUGGAUCUUUAAGAGUGUGAGUCUGACACUGUGGAACCUGCCUCUUCAUCUCUGGGCAAAACAGAUAGGACUUCUGCUACAGGGAAAGCAAAAACCUGU